GACAAACUCUCUUCAUUUUGCUCACUGAGACUGGGACUACUCACGUGAGCAAGAAACUUGCUCUGUUUUUCAUUUACCACUGAGCUUCAGCAAUGAUCAUGUUCCAGCCUCACGUAUAUGCUACGGUUUUUAUACUCUCAAUCCUUCAGGCCUUUGCCUUGGACAGCUACAUUGCAGCAGUGUAUGAGCACUCUGUUAUAUUGCCAAAUGUCACUGGGAGACCUGUUUCAUCUGAAGAAGCUUUGACACUAAUGAACAAAAAUAUGGGUGUUUUGGAAGGGGCCAUCAAAGCAGCAGCCCAACAGGGUGCACACAUCAUUGUGACUCCUGAAGAUGGCAUUUAUGGCUGGGUCUUCAAAAGAGACACCAUUUUCCCCUAUCUUGAAGACAUCCCAGAUCCACAAGUAAACUGGAUUCCAUGCACUGACCCUGAAAGAUUUGCUCCUGCGGCAGUGCAGGAAAGGCUCAGCUGCAUGGCAAGAAACAACUCUAUCUAUGUGGUUGCCAAUAUUGGAGACAAGAAGCCGUGUAAUUCCAGUGAUCCCAAGUGCCCCAGCAAUGGACACUACCAAUACAAUACUAAUGUUGUCUUUGACUCAAAAGGGAAAUUAGUGGCACGCUAUCACAAGUAUAAUCUCUUUAUGUCAGAAACUCAGUUUGAUUCCCCCAAGGAGCCAGAGAUUGUCACUUUCAACACAUCUUUUGGAAAGUUCGGCAUUUUCACUUGCUUUGACAUACUUUUUCAUGACCCAGCUGUGACUCUGGUGAGCAAAUUACAUGUGGAUACUGUGCUGUUUCCCACUGCUUGGAUGAAUGUCCUACCACAUUUGACUGCUAUUGAAUUCCACUCCGCCUGGGCUAUGGGGAUGGGUGUCAAUUUACUUGCGGCUGAUACACAUAACACCAGCCUGGCUAUGACAGGGAGUGGUAUCUAUGCACCUGAUGGACCCAGGGCAUUUCAUUACAAUAUGGAAACAGAGGACGGUCACCUCCUGGUUGCGGAACUGAGUUCACUACCUCGUCUUUCUCCCACCUACCCUUCUGCUGUUAACUGGAGCGCGUAUGCCACAAGUGUCAAACAAUUCUCACCAGAUGACCAUAAUUUCAGUGGAGUAAUUUUCUUUGAUAAGUUCACCUUCACUGAACUCACUAAGCCUGAAGGAAAUCGUACAGUUUGCCAGAAAGACCUUUGCUGUCAUUUUAGCUACAGGAUGACAGAGAAGCAAGAAGAUGACGUUUAUGUGCUGGGUGCUUUUGAUGGCCUUCAUGUUGUUGAAGGAGAAUACUAUUUGCAGACAGACUUCAGGAUGAUAUGCACGCUACUGAAGUGUAAAAGCACAGACCUGAAAACCUGUGGGGAGCCAGUGGCUACUGCUCACACCAGGUUUGAAGAGUUCUCUCUCAGCGGUACAUUUGGCACUAGUUACGUCUUCCCAGAAGUCUUGCUCAGUGGGGUUCAGCUGGCGCCUGGCGAAUUUCAGGUAUUAAGUGAUGGACGUUUGAUCAGUCAGAGUGGUACAUCUAAACCAGUUUUAACAGUGACGCUUUUUGGGAGGUGGUAUGAAAAGGACCCACCAUAACCACACUAGAUAUUGUUAUUUCAGAAUAACAAUGUCCCAUAAUGCAUCAUCGACCUAAACAAUAACCUGUGUGUUGUUUCCUGUUAUAAUUGUGCUUUGUUUAGUAAAUAUACAACAGACUAUUUCAUUACUAUCGCAUAUUGCAAAAUAAAUCAGCUGUGACUACUA